AUGGCAGAAGCAUCUCCCGCCGAAACACCCGCUCCUACUAUCGCACCUGAACAUCCACUUCCCACCUCCAUCCUCUACUCCAUCGAAUACCCCGGCUACGUCCGCCCCCAAUCCGUCCCCUACGCUCUCCAAACCCUCGGCGGACAAUCAAGCGUAAACACCGCGUUCCGAGCCGGCGCCUCAAAGCAAGAAUCACUACUCGAGCUGAACCUGAGACCUGAGAACCCUUUCUCUCAUCCUAUACCCGGUGAUGUCGUCAACACGAACAAUAUUGUGUUGAAGGUUGUGAAGAGAAAGAGGAGGCGAGUGAAUGCUGCUGGAAAGGAGGAGAACAUCGGAGAGUACACGACCGAGGCUGUUGGGACUGUUCCAAAGACUGUGCGAUUUCGGAGUAUGGUCGACUUCCAGUAUCAGCCAGACAUGAGCGACCCCGUCUCGAAAUUGCGCGUGGGUAUGGCGAAUCUUGAUGUCGACGCGAUACGCGCAUAUAGUAUACCUCCCGAGCAGGAGGACUACAUCAUCACCGAGUCUGCGGAUGCAAUGGACAUAGACAUCGACCCAGCACUACUAGGAGAUCAACCACCGCCGAAGACUAAGAGCAACGCGCGACUGUUUCCGCCUCCGCUCUUCACUCGUCAGGGUAUCACGCAAAACUACGGGUUCAAGGCGAACCCUAUGUCCGUACCGACGACUGUAGUGGACGAGGAGACAGGUGAAGAAAAGAAGCGCUUGAUCAAUAAGAUGCGCUGGAAAGGUUAUGGACCUGCCACGGUCAUGUAUGGCGAUGCGGAGGUCGCGACGAAGCCUCCGGCUCAUGUCGAAGAGGUCAGAGGGCAGCACGACCAGAACUUGCUCAAGCGACUAGAAGAGCUUUUCGCUCAACGACCAGUUUGGACGAGGACUGCGCUGUUCAACCAGUUCACUGCCGCCGAGGCCAGAGACAUCCAUAAUUCAAAGGUACUCUUGCCGCUAUCCUGCUAUGUCUUCCAAGACGGCCCGUGGCGCGACACCCUACUGCGUUUCGGCUAUGACCCAAGAAAGAGCCCCGAGGCCAGAUUCUAUCAGCGCCUAUACUUCCGCAACCUAAACCACCCCAUCGAGCGCGCCUCCAUCGUCUCCCGCCGCCAAGAAUCCCGCUACUCCGUCGCCUCCCAAAACCGCGACGCCCACGCAUUAUCAACAACCAACGACGAGCGCAAGUCGCACCUCUUCGACGGCGUCACCGUGACAUCCGAAACGGCCGCCUUCCAACUGUGCGAUAUCACGGACCCGAUGCUCAAGGGCAUGAUCGAGGACGAAAGUGAUCUGCGCGAUACGUGCAACGAGCGCGACGGGUGGUACUCGACGGGCAAUCUGGAGCGCAUUAAGGCUGUGCUGAGGCAUAAGUUCUUCAGUCUGUUGGAGGGGUAUGUUGCGACGGAUGAGGAGUGCGAGAGGGUGUUGCAGCAGAUGUCGGAGGUUAAGAGUUAUUCGCAGACGCAGUCGCGGAAGCCGAAGCCGGGGAAACAUAAUAUGGCGAAGGGCGCGCUUGCACCGGAGGAUGUGGCCGCUAUGCGUCUGCGCGCGAGACUAGACCAGAACGUCAAGAACCUCUCGAAGCAGCCUCGAUGA